UUAUUGUCCGCUAGGGAAAUAACGAGAAGAAUAUCAAACUGUAACUGUUUGCGCUACAAACCAGCGUGUUUAAGACAAUGCAUUAAAAUAAUAUGCUAAGAAAUACCAGUUUGAAAUAUCAAGCAGCAUAACGAACUUUUUUUUUUUUUUUAAUGAAUUUUAAUAAGAACAAAACAUGAUUUACAUACAAGAGUACAUAUAGCAGCAUUUAACGAGCUGUUUUGUAUAGCUAAAAUGACUGGAAGCGAAUGACACUGGAUACCAGACACAUUAGAGCCGCGCCCGCUUUUAACUGAAAAACAAGAAACCUGUUUUAUUUAGAUUUAUUUACUUAUUUUUCAAGUUUUAGAGGAUGCAUCCCAAACAGCAGGUGGCGCUGUAUCAUUUGUAUCGUUUGUAUAGACUUGAGGAGGAGGGAAAGUUCGAAUCAGAUGAGGAAGGAAUAAGCUGUGGAUUUAAUACUGUACACUUGAAAUGGUAUCUGUUAACUAUAUUUCGAGUCGUUGACAUGUCUGCUGCUAUUCCCUGUUUAGUUGAUAGAUGGAGUGAGGAGAAUAACAACAUAAUGUUGACUUGGAAGCAAAAUGAAGAUAACCUUGAGCCAAGUCAGGAUAUUCGGAAGCGAUGCUGUUCAGAAAGCCUUAAACUGCUUCAGAAAAUUCAAGGAGUUCCAGCAGAUACUGAACGACUCAAACUUGAAAUGACAGUUUCAUAUAAUACGCUUUUAUUCUCGUUGGGUUUCUCCAACCCCAGUGAGAUUGAGGAGAGUCUCAACCACACAUUAUUAAGAGCUUUAGAGGCUGCAGGAUCUCAGGUGUCCUGUUGUGAUCCAGUGAGGUUGUGGGAGGCUGUUCUACAGACUUUUGGCACCUCAGUCUAUGCGCCUUUUGUCCACAGACUUCUGCUGAUUCAGUGGGCGCUGUGGCUCAUGCACUGUCAGUUAGAGAGAAUUCUUACUCUUCUGACACAAAUUAACCACAAGAGAGAGCAUUCAGCACCUGUGAAUCUGCAGACAGAAACACGAAACCUUGCUUUGAGCAUGGAAGAAGACUCCUCGCUAAGGGUUGCAAUGGCAGCAAAGGACCUCAAGGAUCUUUUGCACAUCUGCACUGUGAUAUGUCAAGGGGUUGAACAGAUGAAGAUGGAGAAAUUUUCUGAAGCCCUUGAGGCUUUUCAGGAGGCUAAAGGCCUCCCAAGUCCCAGAAGUCUCUUGGCGCAGAUCCACACCCUUACAGGCCAGAGUUUUGCUAAGCUUGGUCAGCCCCACUGUGCUCUCCACUUUUAUCGGAAGGCUGUGGAGGUGGAUUGUGCAUGCCAUAGUGCCCUUUAUCAAAGUGCUCUGGUGUUUAGACAGCUUGGCAAUUCAAAGGCAGAAAUUGAGGCCUUGCAUCUUCUUUACUCAGCAGUCCAGCUGCAGUCUGAUAAAAGUUCACCUAGUGCGUCACUGGUCUCUCCAGCUAUGCUGCUUGGUGGUGAACAGAUGACCUUCAUUAGCAAAGUCCCUUCCUCAUCUAUUAUUCUUCACAUUUUGGCUCACACAUGUGUGUUCAAUGGCAGUAUUUCAGAUGGUGUUGAGUACUAUCUUGAUCUGUUGGCGUCACUGCAGUCAGAUGGCAAAAAUCUUGUAUCCACAGCGGAUGGCACUUCUUUUCCCAGAAUCCCAGUGGUCUACCUUGAAGCAGGAUUUGCUUUGUUGAAAGCUCAAAGGUAUAGUGAUGCUCUUGUGGUCUGCGAGGAGGUCAUCACCAGCACUUUAGACUUAAUUCCCGAGAGGCUGCUGCUUGAUGCCGUUGAAAAACAAAAAAUAUCUGACUCCGAUGUUGUACUCGACAAGGUUGACUUUGUGUUAUGGGCUGGUGCGGCCCAUCUCCUUCAAGCACAAGCCCACUGGAAACUGAAGGACACCAAAGAGGCUAUUACAAACUUUACAAGAGCGAUUAAUCAGUUGGUGAAAGUGUUUAUUAAACAGAAAGACUGGAAACAAAAACAUCUUGGAAACACUGAAGCAAUGGUUGAAAGAAUGGUGACUUUGGAAGCAGCAAAAGGACAAGCACUAGCUGGUAGAGGGCUCUGCUUUUUGGAAAGAGGUCAAUUGAAGGAGGCCCUGAGAGAUCUUCAUCUCAGUCUCCAGAUGUCACCAGGUUGUAAGAAUACUGAAAUGUGGCUAACUGAGGUCUUGUGGAGGCUUGAUCGUAGAGAGGAAGCAUCAGCACACUGGAGAGAAGCCCAUAGUACUUCAGAUACACCUAAGUCAAUAAACCUACCACUGUAUUUGCAAGCGUGGCAAGAGGACACAGCUUUUGACUUCACUGACUUGAAAAAGAAAAUAGACGAAUACAUUCAUGCCAAAAAUGUAAUGACAUAGAAAGAUGCCAGAGAGGAUGCUCAUCUUUUUUGGUGCAUAACUACAACGCAAAAGGCCGUUUUAAUUGUGUUGUCUAAUUUUUCUUUUCAGAUGUAACCAUGUAGCAUACUUAUAGCCCUGCUACUAUAGCUGAAGUGUCAUCCCUUAAACAAAGUUACAGAGCUGUGCUAAUCAGAGGGCAGGAUUUUAUUUCAUGCUACAAUGACUCUGUUGACAUUUUGUUCAACCAUUGCCAAUGAGGUUGCAUUCCACUUGUCAGAAUGAAUGACAAGAGAAUGGAAUCAGAGAACUGGAAUCAAAUUCUUUGUAUAUAUUAUACAUCCAAAUAAAAAAAAGUCUGAAUGGUUAAAA